AUGUGGGAGUACUACUCAGGAAAGGUUUUGUUCAUCACAGGUGCCUCGGGUUUCCUGGGAACAGCGCUGGUGUACCGCAUCAUCUCGCAAGCGCCUGUGGCUCAUAUAUAUUUGCUCUGCAGGGGUGGUCUGCCACGUUUGGAAGAAGUGUGGCGUCAAUACCUACCCUCCAAGUAUAUCGAGUGCCUCUAUGAUACCGGGCUUGUCACAGUGAUCGAAGGCGAUAUCCUCGAACCAAACUUUGGUAUCAACGGGGACCAUCUUCAGGCAUUACAAGAACACGUCAACAUCGUCAUUCAUACGGCUUCGUCCAUUAACCUGAUGAGUUCGCUGGAGAAGUUAGCAAAACCAGUCAUCCACGGAAGCGAGAAUGUCGCCCACUUUGGCUUACAAUGCCAACAACUCGAUCGCUUCGUAUACGUUUCAACGGCAUAUGUAAACGCCUUCAUUUACCAGGAGUCGGAUGAUACCGACCCCUACGUGGAGGAGAGAAUCUACCCUCUUGGUCGCGAAUGGAUAUCUGAUGCACGCGACGAGUGGAAACAAGUACAACGAGAAGGCAAAUCCUUGGAAUACAGCGCGCACAAUUUCCCCUGGCCGUACGGCUACGCCAAACACCUCACGGAGCGACUCGUUCUCUACAUAUUCAGCGCCGCCGGUAAAGCAGAGAAGCUUCUCAUUCUGCGGCCGUCGGUGAUAGCGCCCGCGCAAACCUUCCCAUACGAGGGGUUCAGCGUACCGAAAUCAACGCCGACGACUGUGUUUGCGGCGUUUUUUAUUUUAACUCCGACCCUAGUCGUGCGUGUGACAAGCCGGGCUGACGACCCGGAAACAGAAUCCACGAUCGACGAGGUCCCCGUUGAUGUCGUCGUGGAUAGACUGCUGGUUCACCUUGCGAAGGGAACCACGGGUCCUGUUCAUGCUGUGGGUGGUGUAAGAACGCGGUACACCUUUCAAGCCUUCUGGGAGCAGGCGAUGGCCUUGCGGAAGCUUCCAUGGCCUCUACGGAAGGAGUGGUUGGAUGUGGAUUGGCGGUCUAAGUUACUGCACCCGAUCGCUCGGGUGUAUGUCAUCUAUGCGGCUUCGUAUAGAUUCUCCGAAGAGAAGACUGUUUCCCUGUGGAAAAGCUUGAGUGAGAAGGAGAGUUCGGAACUGCAGUUGUUCUCGUCAGGGUCCAGGAACGGGGUGGACUUCGCAGCGAGGGCAAAACAGAUCCGGUUCGUUGCGGAGCAGUUCGCUGCCAAGGGGUUUCUUAGUCGGAUCUUGUUUUGGCUGUUUUAUUCAUCGGGAUUCUUUUAA